AUGUUUUCAAUCCUCGCCUUGGCAACACAUAUACUAGCAAAUGUCACUGAAGCUGUUCGUCAGAUUCGAAUAGCAGGGGAUUUGAUGUUGGGUGGAGUGUUUCCGGUUCACACAAAGUCACAAAAUCCCGACGAACCAUGUGGAGAAAUCGCCGAAACACGAGGAGUUCAUCGAGUUGAAGCUAUGCUAUAUGCUUUAGAUCAGAUCAAUGCUCAAAAAGAUUUUUUGCGCGGGUAUAAACUGGGAGCUUUGAUCCUCGAUUCUUGCUCGAGUCCGGCCUACGCCUUAAAUCAAAGUUUAGAAUUUGUUCGUGAUAUGAUUGGUUCCUCAGAAGCUUCCGAUUAUGUUUGCAGUGACGGAAGCGAUCCAUAUCCUAAGAGCCCUAGUAAAAAGAAAAACGUGGUGGCCGUAGUUGGAGCGAGCUAUAGCUCAGUUACCGUACAGGUAGCAAAUUUACUAAGAUUAUUUCGAAUAGUACAAGUAAGCCCAGCUAGCACAAAUGCGGAUCUUUCGGAUAAAAACCGAUUCGAAUACUUUGCAAGAACUGUACCAUCAGAUGACUAUCAAGCAAUGGCAAUGGUUGAGAUUGCUAUCCGAUUUAAAUGGACAUAUGUCUCCCUUGUGUAUUCCGCAGAUGAAUAUGGAGAAUUAGGCGCCGAUGCGUUCAAGAAAGAAGCUCGCAAAAAGGGUAUAUGUAUAGCGAUCGAGGAACGUAUUCAGAAUAAGAAGGAGAGUUUUGAAGAAUCCAUUGACAAUCUCGUUAAGAAAAUGCAACCGGACAAGAAAGUCGGCGCAAGGGUGGUAGUGUUGUUCGUUGGAACUGAAUACGUUCCGGAAUUACUGAAGCACACUGCCGAACGUAUGAAACUCUCAGCUGGUUACAAGAAGAAGAAAAUCAUCUGGUUAGCGUCAGAGAGUUGGGAUCGGAACAAUGAGAAGUACAUGAUCGGACAGAACAAGCUUGCUGCUCAGGGUGCUCUCGUGUUGAUGCUGGCAUCGCAAAAAGUUCCUUCUUUUGAUGAGUAUUUGUUGUCGUUACGUCCAGGAACGGAAAAAUUUGAACGUAAUAAAUGGCUUCGAGAGCUUUGGAGAUCGAAGUACAAGUGCGAUUUCGACUUACCACCGGAAUCAACAGAAAAUCGAUGUGAAGAUGCAAGACAAACAAGUGAUAAUUUUCAUUCCGAUGAUAAAGUUCAGUUUGUCAUUGAUGCUGUCUAUGCCAUUGCUCAUGCCUUACAGGCAAUGAAGACUGCAGUCUGUCCGGAUGACGUCAUCGAAAGCUCGUGGAUUUCACGGUAUUCUAAGAAACCAGAUAUUUGUCAUGCUAUGCAAAACAUUGAUGGAGAAGAAUUCUACCAAAAAUACCUUCUUAAAGUUCGAUUUCAAGGUAAGUUAUCGUGUUUCUCCUUCCUUUUUCUUUUCUCUUCCUUUUUUUACAUCGUCGGAAAAAAUUUCAGAUUUUCACCUCAAGGUGAUGGACCAGCCAGCUAUACAAUAUUAACCUACAAACCAAAAUCUCUAGACAAAAAACGCCGUGUUCUUGAUGGCUACCAGAGCGAUGGAUCGGACUAUGUGGAAAUCGGACACUGGUCGGAAAACAAUCUAACAGUUGAUGAGGAAGAACUCUGGUGGACUGGCAUAGAACAAAUGCCGUUGUCAGUCUGUUCGCUGGAAUGUCGAACUGGAUACAGAAAACAAAUGAUCAAGGAUGAACAGUGCUGUUGGGCUUGCAGUAAAUGCGAAGACUACGAGUACUUAGUAAACGAGACAUAUUGUGCAGCGUGUGAGCUUGGAUGGUUAGUUUUUCACAAUUUUUUCUUAGAAAUAUUUUCCUUGAACAACUUAGGGUCCAAUCUUACUCUUUUUAUUUACUGCCUAUUCUUUUUAACGGUAAAGAAGGUAAAUAGAAGGUUUUGCCUAACCGAUAUCGCUGGCGGAAAGGAGAAAAAGCCGCUAAAUUCCAAAAACGAUGUCGCAGAACCAUCGCAAACUGGGACCUAUUCAAUUCGUUAA